UGCUGGUAGAUCCUCUAAUAAAGGAGCAGAUCUGCUGUGUCUGAUUCUCUGGUCUGAACGUGAACAGAGCUCAGCUGAUCAUCACGUCUGAAGCAGGUGGAGCCUCCCGGUUCCUCACCCGGUCCUCCUCGGUCCUCCGUACUACCGACCCGCGGACUCAUGGAGGCCGCCGCGCUGUGAAGGUUUCCCGGCGGACUGCGUUGCGGAGCUCGGUCAGACCACCAUGAUGUCUUCUUACUACCACCCGGCCAAGGAGGCGGACAUGGCGGCCAUGACAGAGCCGCUGUGCCUAGAGAGAGAUGUUUGCAGGGUGAUCGAGCUGCUGGACCGACUGCAGCGGACCGGAGAGCUGCCUCCUCCCAAACUCCAGGCCCUGCAGAGAGUCCUGCAGAGUAAAUUCUGUGCUGCCAUCAGAGAGGUUUACGAGCAGCUCUACGACACUCUGGACAUCGUUGGAGGACCAGAGGUUCGAGCCCAGGCCACAGCGAAGGCCACGGUGGCAGCAUUUGCAGCCAGCGAAGGUCACGCUCACCCCAGGGUGGUGGAGCUGCCCAAGACGGAGGAGGGUCUGGGCUUCAACAUUAUGGGGGGCAAAGAGCAGAACUCGCCCAUCUACAUCUCCAGAGUUAUUCCAGGAGGAGUGGCCGACCGCCAGGGAGGGCUGAAGAGAGGAGACCAGCUGCUGUCCGUCAAUGGAGUGAGCGUGGAGGGGGAGCACCAUGAGAAGGCCGUGGAGCUGCUGAAGGCCGCCCAGAGCUCCGUCAAGCUGGUGGUCCGCUACACCCCCAAGGUCCUGGAGGAGAUGGAGGCUCGUUUUGAGAAGAUGAGGAGUGCUCGGAGGCGACAGCAGCACACCAGCUACUCGUCUCUGGAGUCCAGGGGUUAGAAGCUCAGACCUCCAUCCACCUCCAUCCAGCCCUUCUGACUCUUCUGUUCCAGUGGAGGCAGAACGUAGAAGGAAGCACCAAACCAAAGUAGCCUCCAGCAGCUGCUAUCUGAGCUUCUCAUGGAGCGAUGCUGUAGGUUAGGGUUUUCUCCUCCCUGGUUUCUGUCUGGUAGAACAUGGUGAGAGACGAGCUGUCAGAUGGUCAUCCUGGUCCUCCUUAUUAACCUUGUAUCCUCCACCGUUCAUCUCGUGUUGAAGUGUCUCCAUCAGAUGUCCCAGCUAUAGGGCUAAUGGUUAGCUUCACUACUGUAGGUCAGGUUCAGAUGUUUUCUAUUCAUGUAUCUGUGUUCAUCUGUUGGCAUCGUCCAUGAAAUAAAGUCUGUGGAACAUCAA